AAAACACCAUACCGGGGAAGGUCAUAAAAGCUGCAAAGAGGGAAGAAAAUAGCACCAACCAGCAGCUCAAAUCAAGGGCGCGCAAUCCAAACCAUGAGCAGAGCACUGCUUCGCUCCGUGCUGGAGCUCAGGGCCCCGAGCUCUCGUCUCGCCCCUCUAUUCGCACAGCCAAUCCGUCGUCACAUACUGCCUCGAAGCUUCAACACCACUGCGCCAAUCGUCGAGCCCGUUGCGCAGCCGCAUGUCAACAACGCACCAAAUCCUACCGAGGACCAAGUCCGUCCUUUGGCCUUCAAGAAGAGCCACCCCACCGAGCCUCCUAAGCCAAUUGACGACUCCGUGAAGACUCUUCUGCCCCUCCUCGCUGCUCAGCCAGGCCACUACAUCACCGUCCAUAUCCACGGCUUUCCUUACCUUGUCCAAGAGGGCGACCAGAUUCGCUUGCCAUUUAAGAUGCCCGGCGUUGUUCCCGGAGAUGUGCUGCGCUUGAACCGUGCCAGUGUCAUUGGUAGCAGAGAUUACACUAUGAAGGGUGCACCCCACGUCGACGAGAGGGCGUUUGAGUGCCGUGCUACGGUCUUGGGUACAGAGUCGGAGCCACUGAGAAUCAAGGUCAAGACGAAGAGGAGGCAGAGGAGAAAGCGUCAGGCCAAGAGCAAACAUCGAUAUACCAUCCUGCGGAUCUCAGAGCUGAAUAUUAAGAAUGUGGAAGAGUUUGAGGAGGCUUCAUGAUGAAGAUUGCUGAUAUGGGUCUUAGAAGAGGAAAAAUUAAUGAGAAUGGGGUUAAAAAAAAGGCAAGAGGAAAAAGACUGACGUGGAAAAUUUGAUAAACGAUGUCACGACGUUGUAAGGCAAAUAUGUAUCAUCUAGCGUUCAGCAUAUAUGGAUAUUGCUGGCUGUACAAUAACAAGAGGGCGUGAAGAUAAGAGGGAAGGAAACAAAAGGUUACAACACAAAUUAAACACCAAUUAAGACCAAGUACUAGACGUUUCAAGCCAAAACAGUCAUGAUAUGUGACAUUCCCCACCAUAUCGCAAAGCAGCGUCU